GUUCACGCACUGUCUUCCUGUUGGCCCUGACAAUCAUAGCCAGCGCCCAGGCUCUGACGCCCACUCACUACCUCACCAAGCAUGACGUGGAGCGACUGAGAGCCUCGUUGACCCGCCCUUUCACGGAUUUGGAAUCUGCCUUCUACUCCAUUGUGGGGCUCCACAACCUUGGUGCCCAGGUGCCAGAUGUGAAGAAAGCAUGCACCUUCAUCAAAUCUAACCUUGAUCCCAGCAAUGUGGAUUCCCUCUUCUAUGCUGCCCAGUCCAGCCAGGCCCUCUCAGGGUGUGAGAACAGUCCAGGCUCUGCAAACAGCAUCCCACCUGUCCCAGCAGGCUGACCUGAGGAGCAUCGUGGAGGAGAUUGAGGAUCUUGUUGCUCGCCUGGAUGAACUGGGAGGCGUUUAUCUCCAGUUUGAAGAAGGACUGGAAACAACAGCGUUAUUUGUGGCUGCCACUUACAAGCUCAUGGACCAUGUGGGGACUGAACCAUCCAUUAAAGAGGACCAAGUCAUCCAGCUGAUGAACGCAAUCUUCAGCAAGAAGAACUUUGAGUCACUCUCAGAAGCCUUCAGCGUGGCCUCUGCUGCUGCGGUGCUUUCUCACAAUCGCUACCACGUGCCAGUUGUGGUUGUGCCUGAGGGCUCUGCUUCCGACGUUCAGGAACAGGCCAUCCUGCGGUUACAAGUCACCAAUGUUCUGUCCCAGCCUCUGACUCAGGCUACUGUUAAUCUAGAACAUGCUAGAUCUGUUGCUUCCAGAGCCAUUGUUCUCCAGAAGACAUCCUUUGUCCUGAUUGGGGACAUUUUUGAACUAAACUUCAUGAAUGUCAAGUUUUCCAGUGGUUAUUAUGACUUCUCUGUCAAAAUUGAAGGUGACAACCGCUAUAUUGCAAAUACUGUAGAGCUCAGAGUCAAGAUCUCCACUGAAGUUGGCAUCACUAAUGUUGAUCUUUCCACUGUGGAUAAGGACCAGAGCAUUGCACCCAAAACUACCCGGGUGACUUACCCAGCCAAAGCCAAGGGCACAUUCAUUGCAGACAGCCACCAGAACUUCGCCUUGUUCUUCCAGCUGGUAGAUGUGAACACUGGUGCUGAACUCACCCCUCACCAGACAUUUGUUCGACUCCAUAACCAGAAGACUGGCCAGGAAGUGGUGUUUGUUGCUGAGCCAGACAGCAAGAACGUGUACAAGUUUGAGCUGGAUACCUCUGAAAGGAAGAUCGAAUUUGACUCUGCCUCUGGCACCUACACUCUCUACUUAAUCAUCGGAGAUGCCACUUUGAAGAACCCAAUCCUUUGGAACGUGGCUGAUGUGGUUAUCAAGUUCCCUGAGGAAGAGGCACCCUCGACUGUCUUGUCCCAGAACCUUUUUACUCCGAAACAGGAAAUUCAGCACCUGUUCCGUGAGCCGGAGAAGAGGCCCCCGACUGUGGUGUCCAACACAUUCACUGCCCUGAUCCUCUCGCCCUUGCUCCUGCUCUUUGCUCUGUGGAUCCGGAUUGGUGCCAAUAUCUCCAACUUCACUUUUGCUCCUAGCACGAUUAUAUUUCACCUGGGACAUGCUGCUAUGCUGGGACUCAUGUACAUCUACUGGACUCAGCUCAACAUGUUCCAGACUCUGAAGUACCUGGCCAUCCUGGGCAGUGUGACGUUUCUGGCUGGCAAUCGAAUGCUGGCCCAACAGGCAGUCAAGAGGAUCGCUGCAGAGCAGAGCAGUAGAUUGGCAAAAUAUAGGACACUACGAACAGCACAUUAGUUCCAGAAGAGGGAUAGAAAUUCUGAAAACGGGAAUGAAUGUCACAAAAAGGAGUCAAGAACAAUUCACAGUGUACAAAGAGAAAUGGAAAAAAGCUUUAUUUAAAAAGAAAAAAGUCAAGAUUGUGGUCAUCCUUUUGCUUGUUGUUUUUCAGUUUCCUGUAAGCCCAGGUAGUCUCUGUUUGGCAUGGUGCAAGAUGCUGUGAAUUCCUAAUGCACCCAAAUGUUGUAUUUGAAAAGUCCAAGUAUGUCAUUAAUUUGUUUUGGAAUAAAGAGGAUGAUAAUAGAAA